UUCGCCGUUAACUUGGCCACAUGGCAUUUUUUAUAUUUUUUGUUGAUGACAUGGCAAAAAUAACUUAAAAAGACGCUCAUUUGGAUUUUUUUUGCGACAUGUCAUCUUUCUUUCUCAUCUUCACUCUCUGCAAAAUCAAUCUCCACUCCAUCUGCAGAAUCAAUCUCCACUCCAUCUGCAAAAUCAAUCUUAACCCAUUUCUUCUUCUUCUCUAAAUGCUCUCUCAUCUCCACUCUUUUACAAAACCGAUCUUAACCCAUUUUUUUUUCUUCUCUUCUCUCAAGAGAACUUGAGAAAUUGAACCCAGCUACUGGGUUUCUCCACUCCAUCUACAGAAUCAAUCUUAACCCAUUUCUUCUUUUUCUCUAAAUGCUCUAAUCAAUCAAACUCUCAUAUUUAUUAAUCAAACAAUAUCAAUCAAACUCUAAUCAAAUUCCAACAAAAAUACAAUCAAAUUGUAAAUCAACUCUCAAAUUUAUAACAACUGGAAAUGAAAAUCGAAAAAGGAAUGAAAAAACAUGAAUCCAUCAUCAAAACAGCAAAACUGGCUUCAUCGGAACCCAGCUGGGUCUUGUCGAACCCAACAGCUGGGUUCGGGGAAACCCAGCAAGGCUGGGUUCGACGAGACCCAACAGGGUUCGUCGGAACCCAGUCUUAUUGGGUUCGGGGAAACCCAGCUUGUUAGGUCUCGUCGAAACCCAGCAAGGGAGACUGGCUGGGUUCGACAAGACCCAGGCUUGCUAGGUUUGACGAGACCCUGGCUUGCUGGGUUGGACGGAACGCAGCAGAUCUGGGUCUCGUUGAACCCAGCAAGGCUGGGUCUCGUCGAACCCAGCCUGGCUGGGUCUCCCUUGUUGGGUUCCGACGAGACCCAGCAGGCUGGUUUCCGAUGAGACCCAGAGUAGCCAUCGGAAGUGGAGACCCAAGGCAGGAAAGAAAGAAAGAGAAAGAAAGAAGGGGAAGAAUAGGGAUUGGGUGGGUGAGGGUAGUUAAGUAAUUUUAUUUGUUUUUAUUUAAACUAUAAAUAUUAAUCUACGUG